AGCUUACUCUCAGGUUAUUGGAGAUGUAAACAAUGAAGUUGUUGUUUUUAAAAAUGUAAGAAAAAUGGAGAAAAUAGACAUGUAAACGUGAAAAGCAUUGCAUAAAGUUGCAUUGUUAAAUUGCCUGGUAAACUUUUUAAAUGUCACUCAAACUUUCUGACAUUUUCACAGCUGUUAAAAAGUUGAAAACAAAAAUCAUCUGAACAUGGAUUCCCAUUUUUCUCCUGCAUAUGUGCAGAACCUCAUGCAGACUCUUAAAGCCUCAAAGAUUUAUACCGAUCUACAUAAUGCUGCUCAGACUGAGAUCUCAAAAAACACAAUCAGAGUUUCAGAGCUGAAAAAAGGAGUCCAGACAGGGUUGGCUACAUCAGGAUGGGAGAGGAAGUUGCGGAAUGUGAUCUACCAGUACCUGCAGGUGAACCCCCUCUCCAUCCAUCCCCUGGCUACACCCCCAGAACACAUGAAGGAACCACUCCUUUACCUCCGGAAAGCUCAGCAAGCUUGGGAGAAGAGAAUACUCAAGAGUUUGAACAGCAUGUGUACAGAGCUCAAUAUUCCUCUAGCUAGAAAGAGGCCAGACAAGGAACAAAGGGAUUUAUUGUCAAGAUGGACAGAGCUUGGCACUGAUGGACCUGACCUCAGUCAGAUCCGCCCAGUGUAUGCCCCCAAGGACUUUCUGGAUGUGAUCAUGGCUCUACAGAACCCUAACUACAAUACUGGCGACUCGACUGGCACAUACACGUUGUGGGGACUGGUGCAGCUGCCUCUGAAAUUGAAUGAUGUCAAUAAACUCCGAUUGUUGUACAGUGACAUGGCCAUUAACCAGUGUCAGACAGGUGUAGAUGACGUUGACAUUCCACCAGAGAUGUUUGAUGCUGAUCGGAUGAAGCUGGGAAGGAAAGUGAUAACUGCAGACCAUGGUCCCCUUGCCCAGGAGUACGCCAAGAAGGGCUGCCCCAUCAGCCUGCGUGGUGACCUCUGGUGUCAGAUACUUGGCGUCAUCAUAGAUGAGUUUGAUGUCUUGUACUAUGAGCAGUUGAAAUCAAAUGUGAUUGCCCAUGACUUGCUGGUGGACAGUUUGCUGUACAAGGAUGUAAAACUGACUGCCACAAACGAUGACCAGUAUUUCGUAUUUGAGGAUUUCUUAUAUCAGAUUCUCCUUCCAUUCACUCGUGACACAGACGUGCUCAAACAUUUUGGCAAAAACAGUGCGUCCCCGCCCAAGUCAUACAUUCGGGGAAAACUUGGGGAUGAAAACUUUGCUGUAGUCUACCCUCCAAAUGGAGUCAUCCCCUUCCAUGGAUUUGCUAUGUAUGUUGCCCCACUGUGUUACCUGUACCAAGAACCAGUGAAGCUGUACUACGUGUUCCGAGAGAUCUACACAAGAUAUUUCUUCCGGCUUCACAGCAUCUCAUCCCAUCCACAGGGUAUCGUGUGUCUCAGCCUACUCUUUGAGAAUCUCCUACAAAUGCAUGAGGCUGAGUUGUUUUUCCACCUGAAAUCUGUUGGCUGUCAACCGUUACGUAUAGCAUUCAAAUGGCUGGUGCGGGCGUUCUCAGGCUACUUGCACAGUGACCAGGUGCUGCUUCUUUGGGACAGGGUGCUGGCUUACAACUCCCUGGAAAUACUUCCUGUGUUAGCUGUCUCCAUAUUUUCUUUCCGAAAAACCAACUUACUGAAAGUGCAGUCCUACAAUGCAGCAGAGGCGGUGUUAGCUGACCUGACAACCUUGCAAGUGAUUCCACUGGUUCAACUCAGCCUCUUCUCGAAAUAACAAGGAUUUAUUUUACACUUCUGUGAAAUCAUAACUUUCAAAUAAACUGUGAUCAUGUUACAGAAUACUUAUGCAUUACCACUGGUGAUGAUUGGUGUAUAUUUAUUUCUAACACAUUCUGACUUACACAAAUAAAUGCAAUAAAACUUCCAAUAAGAUUGUCAUAUUAUUUGCGUAGCAUACCUUUUUUCAGUAUGCCUUCUUUUGCUUACAGCAUUGGAAGAUUAUAACUUGCAAACACUUUCAUGAUAAGAAGAAUAUUAUACAUUAUAUGUUCUU